ACCCAGUUACAUUGGUUAGCAAACAUAUAUAUAUGCUCCUGUACCCUUCUGAGCGUUCAUUAGGAAGUACAUGGGAAGAGAACAAGAAUAAAACACAUCCUUCUAUAGAAAAAGUUUUAUGGACUAACACAAGAGCCUCUCAAGCACAAUUAUUUCAGGAGAACAGAGAUCCAGAGUUCACAUUUUCUCUUUUCUCUUCCGUGGCAAAUACUUGGCUGAAUAGAGAUGGGCUGGAACAGCAGCACUUCCAUUGGUUUUGUGUUUAUCCUGGCUUUUCUCUCCAUUUUGAAAACAGCAGGUUUCUGGAACAGCAGCACUUCCAUUGUUUUAGUGUUGAUCGUGGCUUUUCUCUCCAUUCUGAAAACAGCAGGUUUCUGGAACAAUGACCGAAGACAGAACUUUCCUCCAGGUCCAAGACCAUUACCUAUAAUUGGAAACCUUCUUUUGUUUGACUUGAAGAGACCCUACAGGACUUAUCUAGAGCUGUCCAAAAAGUAUGGUCCAGUCUUCAGUGUUCAGAUGGGGCACAGGAAAGUUGUGGUGAUUUCUGGCUAUGAGACAGUGAAGGAAGCUCUUGUAAACCAAGCAGAUGCAUUUGCAGAGAGACCUAAAAUCCCAAUCUUUGAAGAUUUGACUAAAGGAAAUGGGGUUGUUUUUGCCCAUGGUGAAAACUGGAAGGUGAUGAGAAGGUUUACCCUCACAGCCCUGCGAGACUUUGGGAUGGGCAAAAAGGCCAUUGAGGAUCGGAUCGUGGAGGAGUACGGGCACCUGGCAGAGUCCAUUGCGUCCCAGGAAGGAAAUCCCAUUGAUGCCAGCAAAAUAAUUAAUGCAGCAGUUGCUAAUAUAAUUGUGUCAAUAUUGCUUGGAAAACGAUUUGACUACAAAGACCCCAGAUUUGUGAGACUUGUAACUAUGACCAAUGAAAAUAUGAGGCUUGCUGGGAAACCUUUGGUUACGAUGUACAAUAUCUUCCCAUACCUUGGAUUCCUCCUAAGGGCAAACAAGGCUCUCCUUCGAAACAGAGAUGAAUUCCACGAUUUUGUACGAGUUACUUUUGUAGAGUACCUCAAAAACCUGGACAAAAAUGACCAAAGAAGUUUUAUUGAUGCCUUCCUGGUUAAACAGCAGGAGGAGAAAUCCACUACCAAUGGGUAUUUCCAUAAUGGCAACUUGCUAAGCUUGGUGAGCAAUUUGUUUACUGCUGGUGUUGAGACCAUUUCCACCACACUAAACUGGGGCUUUCUGCUGAUGCUAAAGUACCCUGAAAUCCAGAAAAAGGUCCAAGACGAGAUAGAGCAAGUGAUAGGAUCCAACCCCCCGCGGAUUGAGCACCGCGCUCAGAUGCCAUACACAGACGCUGUCAUCCAUGAAAUUCAGAGGUAUGCCAAUAUCCUGCCACUGGAUUUGCCUCAUGAGACUGCUGCAGAUGUCACCCUCCAAGGCUACUUCAUCCCCAAGGGAACCUACAUCAUCCCUUUACUGACCUCAGUCCUGAAAGACGAGUCGCAAUGGGAGAAACCAGACAUGUUCUACCCUGAGCACUUCCUUGAUGCCAAUGGGAAAUUAGUGAAGAAAGAUGCUUUCAUGCCUUUCUCAGCAGGGAGGAGGAUCUGUGCUGGGGAGACUCUCGCCAAAAUGGAGCUCUUCCUCUUCUUCACCAGUCUCCUGCAGAGGUUCAACUUCCUCCCUCCACCUGGAGUUUCCAACUCAGACCUGGACCUCAGUCCUGCAGUUUCAUUUAAUGUCAUCCCCAAACCCUAUAAAAUGUGUGCUGUAGCACGCUCUUAGAGCUCUAAUCCACUGUGUUGCUAAAAUGUUUAAAUCACUUUUCCAUGGCAUCUGUCUUAAUUCUUUUACCAAAAUAAUAAUCCAUAUUUCAAUUAAGGUUUCAAGUACUUCUAAACCAAAGUGGUGUUAUUUUUUGGGAGAGGGCAGAAAUGGACCAGAAGUGUGAAGUAACUGAUGGCUCAUGGAUUAAUCUCUUAGAUCACCUAAUCUUGGUUAAAUAAUACAGGUCUUCAGCUUUCCUGUUCUUGCUGCCAUGUUCACUGUUUGUUGAAAGCAUAUCUCAAAAAAUGCUCCCAAGGGCAGGUUUUCCCCAAAGACAUAUGGGCUAUGAAGCUGUGCUUAGGUUGUACAAGGAGGUAAAUGUAGGAUGUUCAGAGUUUGAGGCUGUCAGAACAGAAGGGCUGUUUGACCUUGGCAGGCAGCUGGGUUUGAAGCUGGGCUGGAUAUCCUGAUGUCCCCCAGUGCCUCAGUGCAGCUUCUUCCCUUGGCUCUUCUCCCUACCCCAGUUCCAUGUGCAAAGAAAUCACAGUUCUGUAUUUGUAGAUCACUUCUGAGGAAAAACCUUAAGCCAAGCUGACCUGAAUCCAGGUCUUUAAGAUUUUCCCUGAGUAUUUCUUAACUGGAUAAACUCAGUACAUAAAGCGUACACACACAAGAAAAUGUCUUACCUACUUAAAGCCAAGGUUUGUGAAAUUGAAGUUUCAGGAGUUCCCAGGUCAAAUCCCACAGCUGUGGUCACACCUCCACACAUACAGAUCAACAGUGAACCUUCUGGAAGAGGCCUCAAAUCUCAUCAAAACCAACCAUCUGAUCAUUCUGCAGCUCUGUCCAAGAGCAUCCACCGUCAAAUAGAGCUAAGACCAUCUCCUAAAUGUCUGGAUUUAUGUUCCCUGGUUCAUGUUACCCUGUUUAUGUGUGCAUGACAACCCCAAAGUAACAACACCCACAGCCAGCCUAUCAGAAAUCACCCAGUGUUGGGGAAAAAAGUUAAAUUAUUAUGGCUUGCCUCUGUAUCUAUCCAGCACUGUAAUGCAGCAGCUCAUUCUUCAGUUAUUAUUUCAACUUCCUUUUGUGGAAGCUGAAUUUGACUCCUACUCACUGCCCUUCUCCACACUUUCUUUUAAAAAUAAAAAGCUUUCAAAAAGGCAAAGGUCUUUAUGUGGUUCAGGAAGUUCAAAACCCACACAGUAAAUCACCCUUAAUGAUAGCAAAGGAGUAUAUCUUUACUUAACCUUUUCCUAGCAUGCAAGAAAAUCUUUAACCCAUGCUCUGGAUUAAAUAAUUUUGGGGUAAUGGUUAUAUCAGUAAAUGCUCUCCUUGCCAAGUGAUCACAAAUUUGAGAAAUACUUCUAAAUAAUUAUAUUCCUUUUCCUGUGGUACAGUAUAAAGCAAAUACUUAGUCUGGUUUUCCUGAUCCUACAUGGUUUAGGUAGUCCUGUGAGGAGUAGAGAUCUGGACUCAGAGAUCCCUACAUGAGAUAUUCCAUGAGAUAUUCCAUGAUUCUAACUCCAGAGAGGCUUUCAAGCCCUCACAGAAGAGAGAUAAUUAGCUUUUGUCUCAUUAAGAGUAGCAGCAGCUUGUAAACAGCAGAACAAGAGUUUAUGAUGCAAGACAGUGUAAAGAGCACUGCUAUCUUUCAGCAGGUAAUUUACCUGGAAAAGUAUUUCAUGUUGUUUGAUGUUGGUUUUUAUAUUAAGUAAAAAAAUUGUAAAAGCAAUUUUGUACAUUUUAUAGAAAUUAUUACAUUUUCUUCAAAGGAGGGCUUUUGUUAAAAAAUAGUAAGAAAGUUGAACAGGGGAUUUAUAACUGAGUAUUAGAUAAGUUUAUUUUUACUACCUGUUUCAGGUUUAAACUCCCAAAUAAAAACUACUUUGGUAGAAGACACAGCCUUUAGUGAUUUACAGAUAAAGAAGUGCAAAUAGAAUGGAAUAGUUCCCUUAUUCUGUAAAAACACCCAAAUAACCCAGGAUCCAUUUCCCUCCCUUUUCCUAUGACAGGAUAUAUCAUCAUUAGAAGUCAUCACAGGU